AUGCACCGAUAUGAAGUCAUCCUCUUGGACGCCACGGCCAAGAGAUCCCCGAGCCUCGACAACACGAUCACCGCGGCCAGCGCCAGUUUCGUCCAGGUCCAGAACGAAGGAAUGAAUAUCCGGCACCAGGCCUUCAAAUACCUGCCAGCGGAGAAUGCUCUCACAGUUAUUGAUGCUAGAUGGGAAAUCCGGGACAUCAAAUGCUAA